AUGUACCGACAAAUCGAACUACACCCUGAUGACCGAAAAUACCACAAAAUUCUUUGGCGUGAAAACACAAAUGAUCCUAUUCAAGUCUACCAAUUAAAUACAGUUACAUACGGCACGGCAUCAGCACCAUACCUCGCGAUUCGUACCUUGCAACAAUUAGCUCAGGAUGAAGGUCAUAAUUACUCAGUAGGCGCGAAAAGCAUUUGUAAGGACUUUUAUGUCGACGAUUUGCUCGCCGGUGAGGAAUCUAUAGAAAAGGCCAUAAAGUUACGGGACGAACUCAUCGACUUGACCGCGAAAGGAGGGUUCGAACUUCGACAAUGGGUCUCCAACGAACCCCGGCUAAUAAACUCGCUUAAAAAUCCGAACAACACCGACCAUAUAGCUUUAGAUACUGCGGACUCAAAGAAAACCUUAGAUUUAUAUUGGAAGCCUACAAUGGAUACAUUAGGUUACUCAUUGAAACAAACAAUACCACCCGGAAAAGUAACAAAAAGGACGGUCCUUUCUAAAAUCGCACAACUAUUUGACCCGCUUGGUUUAUUAGGUCCAAUAAUCGUACAAGCCAAGCUAAUAAUGCAGGACUUAUGGAAAUCCCAAAUAGAUUUGGACGAAGCCGUACCGAUCGGCAUUCACACCACAUGGCUGGCCUUUCAGGCACAAUUAAAAGAAAUUCAACAUAUUCAUAUUCCUAGACGCGUGAUAGCUGAUAAAUGUAAAACUUCACAAUUGCAUGGUUUUUGCGAUGCUAGUGAACGAGCCUACGGAGCUUGUAUAUAUCUCCGCAGUACAGAUUCUUCACAGCAUCAUAGUACCCAUUUACUUUGCUCCAAAUCUCGUGUAGCUCCAUUAAAAACACAAACAUUACCAAGGUUAGAAUUAUGUGCUGCUAUACUAUUAAUUAAGUUGUAUAAUAUAGUCGUAAGAUCUCUUAAUAUCACUUUCCAAAAUAUCACAUUCUGGUCAGACUCUACGAUAGUGCUUCAUUGGAUUAAUACAGCUCCAUACACACUUAAACCUUUCAUUGCGAAUCGGGUAACUGGAAUCCAGCAAAGCAGUACGUAUAAACAAUGGCGCCAUGUACCAUCAGAACACAAUGCCGCGGACUACUUGUCACGAGGAAUAAAUCCCGCUGAAAUUAAGACUCAUCCAAGUUGGUAUCACGGCCCACACUGGUUAUCUCAGUCAGAAGACACCUGGCCGUAUAAUGAAAUACAGCCAAUAGAGAUUCCCGAAAAACGCAAAAUAGUAGUUUUAAAAAACACAGUAGCUACAGAGUUUCAGUUGCUUGAUAAAUUCUCAUCGUUCACGGUCCUCAAACGGAUUGUCGCGUAUUGCUUCAGAUUCGCAAACAAUACUCGGCACCAAGAAAAAACCACUGGCCCUCUCACUACAGACGAAUUAACAAAAGCUACUGUUCGGAUAAUAGCACUCGUACAAAAAGCUGCAUUUUCCGAGGAAACCAAAGAAUUAAAAAAAACAUCACCAGUUCGUAGCUGGCGGUAG